AUGUUUAAACUUAUUCUUCUCAUUAUUCUACUUACUGAACUUGAAACACUUGUGAUUCUUCGUCUCUACAGACCAAGAGAUCGUCCUUCGUUUCCUUCCGAUCGAUAUCUACCUACCAUUGCUCUCUUAUUGAUAGCUAUCGGUUCAUUGGCUUUUGCCAUUAUUAAAUUUGUUCUUAUUUUUCAUCAUCAAUUUCAAUUGAGUAAACUUUAUCUUUCUUGUAUUUAUAUUUUUCUUUUAUGUUCUUUACUUGAACUCAUUGGUAUUUUAUUCAUAUUUCCCUAUUUGAAUCGAUUGAAAUUAAUUGAACAACAACGUGAACAAAAUCGACAAGAAAAACAAGUCGAUAUACGACGUGUACUUUCCUUAGCAAAAGAAGAACGAUCAUUGAUGAUAAUUGGUACUUUCUUUUUAUUCAUUGCAAGUGCUAUUGAUAUUGUUGAUAUUAUUCUUUUCGGUCAAAUAAUUUCUUUUGCUCUCACACAUGAAUCUAUGCAUUCCGUCAACGUUACUGUAUUGAUUUAUUUCGGGAUUGAUUUUAUCAAUUGUAUUUGCUCUUUUUUUAUUUCAUGGCUGUUUGACUUGGCUGGACAAAAAAUGACCUAUCGACUACGUCAAAAUAUAUUUAAUGCAAUAAUUAAGCAAGAAAUUUGUUUUUUCGAUGAAAAUCAUACCGGUGAAUUAACAAAUCGAUUAUCAAGUGAUACACAAGUAGUACAAACUAUGCUAACAGGAAAUAUUGCAAUAUUAAUACAAAAUUUUAUACGUAUUGUCGGCAGUCUUAUUGUGAUGUUCUAUUUACAAGUUACAUUAACUCUUUUACUUAUUAGUAUUGUACCAAUUGCCAUUCUUAUCGCUACGAUAUAUGGAAACAUUGUUGAAAAACUACGACAACAGUUUCAAGAUAAACUUGCUGAAGCGAAUACAACUGCUGAAGAAUCAAUUUCAAAUAUUCGAACUGUUCGUAUAUUUGGAUCUGAAUCCAAAAUAACUGAUAGUUACAAACAGAAUCUAAUGAAAUCAUUUGUCACUGGGAAAAAAUUAGCAUUUAAUGAUGGUUUAUUCUCAGGUGUUACAGGAUUGUUGACUGCAGGCAUAAUAUCAGUGGUUAUAUGGUAUGGUGCCAAAUUAGUUCACGAUAAAAAACUAUCAACUGGUAUUCUAACAUCAUUUCUUUUGUAUUUGAUACAAGUUGCUGUUGAUUUUGCUUAUCUUGCUUCGCUCUAUGGCGAAUUUAUGCAAACAGUUGGUGCAAGUAAAAGAAUAUUUGAUUUACUUGAUCGUCAACCAAAAAUUUCUUCAACGUCCAAUGAAAGUUGUUCUAUUGAACCAACUAAUUUUGAUGGAAGUAUUCGUUUUGAUAAUGUCUCAUUUACAUAUCCAACUCGACCUGAACAACAAAUACUUACUAAUAUUUCCUUUUCAAUUGCACCUGGUCAAAAAAUUGCAUUAGUUGGACCAUCAGGUAGUGGUAAAAGUACAAUAGCAUCACUUAUCGAACGAUUUUAUGAACCUCAUUCUGGUACAAUCUAUCUUGGUUCAUAUUCACUUUUAUCGAUUAAUCCACAAUGGCUUCGACAAAAUAUAUCAUUUGUUAAUCAAGAACCAUCUUUAUUUGCAUGUUCAAUUCGUGAUAAUAUUGCGUUUGGUCUUGAUCCAAAUCAAGUUUCAUUCGAUGACAUUAUUCGUGUUGCUAAACAAGCUAAUGCACAUGAAUUUAUAGAAGAAUUUGAUCAAAAAUAUGAUACACUUGUUGGUGAAUGUGGUCAUCGUUUAUCAGGUGGACAACGACAACGUUUAGCAAUUGCACGAGCACUAUUGAUGAAUCCAAAAUUCUUAAUAUUAGAUGAAGCAACAAGUGCACUCGAUGCAGAAAAUGAACAUUUGAUUCAAGAAGCCAUCGAACAAGCAAUGAUUAAUCGAACAGUUUUAAUUAUUGCACAUCGAUUAUCAACAUUACGUAAUGCCGAUUUAGUUAUUGUUCUUGAUCAAGGGAAGAUUGUUGAACAGGUGAGAAAUUUUAUGAAUAUCUAG